CGUAACCAAUGCUCGUGAUUACUUAUAAGAGCCGAGUCCCAGUACUACACACAAGUAUCGUUGCAGUACUUAUUCCUCGAUCCUAAGUACUGAGUUAUGCUCGCCAGGCCCCAUCUCUCCAUAGUUCGUCACAGACCAUUCAGGAAGAUCCAUAUGUCAUCUCUCACUGGACCACGUCCAGUUAACUGGAAAGCGGCUGCCCCCCAAAUACCCAACUUCGCAGCCCAACAGGCCUCUCUUCCUCGGUUGCCAGUUCCAAAUCUCACCGCUACGCUCCAGCGCUUGAAGACAUCAUUGUUGCCGCUGGCACACUCGGAAGCUGAAUUUGCUGAUGCUGCUAGGAAAAUCGAAGCGUUUGAAUCACACGCUGGGUCAGGCAGCCUAUUGCAGUCUCGUCUCCUGCAGCGUUCAAAUGAACGCGAACAUUGGCUCGAGGAGUGGUGGGAUAAUCUCGGCUACUUGGGUUAUCGAGAUUCAGUUGUGGUGAAUGUUUCAUACUAUUAUGGUUUUGAUGGGCAACCUGCCCACCUUCCGCAAAGCCCUGCUGCUCGUGCUGCUGGCCUUGCACGCGGAGCCCUCGUAUUUCGGCAGAAGCUGCUGAGCGGUCAGGUGAGCCCUGAAGGAACGAAGGAGGGUCAAUUCUGUAUGGACACAUAUCGAUGGAUGUUCGAUUGCUGUCGUAUACCUGGCCUCGAGGGACUUGACUGGAGCGUAUCCCACGCGGGUGCCAACGCAGAUGAAUUAGGGCACAUCAUUGUUGUCAGGAAGAACAGGUUCUGGAAACUUAAGGGUAUCGUAAAUGGGCGAAUACUCAGCAUGACUGAGUUAGAAAAACAGAUACAACACAUUUACGACUCUACCACGGAAGAAUACCCAGGAGUUGGCGUUUUGACUGCAUCAAACCGUGACGUAUGGGCAAAGGACCACGCCCACCUGGCUGCGAACCCACAUAACGCAUCUAUUUUGCAUACCAUACACUCAUCUGCCUUCCUUAUCUCCCUUGACAUUGACACGCCUACCUCUCCCAUUGAUCACAGUCGCUCUCUCUGGCACGGUUCGCUCUCAUCCUCUACAUCGGAUGCUCCCGGUCUUAAAAAUCGCUGGGUCGAUAAACCCCUCGAGUUCAUCGUUUUUGAGAAUGCACGCGCCGGGUUCAUGGGCGAGCAUUCCGUUAUGGACGGGACGCCUACUGCCCGCAUGUGUGAUGAGGUGCUUGACUGGCUUGCUGAUCCUGCUUUUGACCUCGGGACCCCCUCUGCUACUCCACCACCAACACCCGAACCAUUAGAUUUCGCGGUAGAUGAAACGACACGCAGCGCAAUUGACAGGGCAUCGAAAGCUGCGUACGAGCUUGCUAAUUCGCAGACACUGUCGUACCACCUCACAUCAUAUGGGAAGGCCGCUAUCAAGGCAUUUGGCGUGUCUCCCGAUUCUUGGGCCCAGAUGAUCAUCCAACUGGCGUAUGCCCGUCUCCUCCGUGCACGAGGGCUGACAAGGGAAGGAGGCACUUAUGAGGCAGCGACUACACGCAAAUACCGGAAAGGUCGGACAGAGACGAUCAGAGUCGUCACCUCACAAUCAGACGCGUUUGUUUCGGCGAUGGACGAUCCUAAUGUCAGCCGUGAGGACCGGAAAAGGCUUUUUGAUGCGGCUGGGAAGGCGCACAUUACACUCGCGAAGGCAGCAGGUACUGGAGAAGGAGUGGAUCGCCACAUGCUGGGAUUGAAACUCUGCUUGAAAGAAGACGAGCCAGUUCCAGAGCUGUACAGCGACGCAUUGUACAAACGUUCCGGAAACUGGGUCCUGAGCACAAGCGCCGUUUUCUCAGACCAUUUCCCGGUGUAUGGAUGGGGUGAAGUCGUACCGGAGGGCUUUGGGGUGGCAUAUAUGACUGGCUACGACGAUCGUCUGCAAUAUACCGUCACCUCGCGGAAGGAAAUGCCCAACCAGGAGUUCAUGGAUGAGAUUGCGAGGGCUGCGGUGGAUUUGUAUGAUUUGCACGCUGGUCAGCGAAAGGCCAAGUUGUAACGCUUUUGCAUGCUGUGCGCGGAGCAACCGCUUUUGCUUCUGCUUUAUAGAAUAUACAAGUUAUCCGCCAAACUCACUCGUCAGCUGGAAGAGGCAAUGAUCGUGGUCAGGUAUAUCAUAUGCACUGGCUAUUAACCAGCCUGGAGAAGGAUUCUAUUGAUCCUAACAACAUGUAGCAUACGCGCACGCUGCACGCGCUGUAUAUGACAGAAAUACAUCGAUAUCAAAUAUUUCGAGUGCCUCGAGCCUUCCUUGCUUUAAUUCUGUUAUCCCAUGGGAGACU